CCGUACGAUUCCAUCCGUGUGCAACAUGUGCAAUCCUCGUGCUCUCUGAUUUCGUAUAUGUUGAUAGUCGAGAUCGCUCCUGCCGACUAGGCCCGAUAAACAACUCACUUUGGUGAUCUCUCCACUGCCACCAUGUUUCCCACGUUCGACGUCCCUCCCCAGCAUGCCGAGACGGUAGGCGCUCGCAAGAACAGGAAGGCGAGAGAGGAAGAGGGCAUCAGGCGCUCUUCGACUGCCACCUCUCAGUCAUCAGGGAGCAACCGGAGCGUCAAAGCCGAGUCGAGCGCCGCGUCUGGCAAGAAGAGCGGAUUUGGCUGGUUCGGCAAGAGCAAAGGCGUGCAAGAGAUCCCCAAGGUGCCUGCCUUGAAGACGAAGACCGCUGAGCCGUCACCGCCGCCUGCGCCGGUCGCUCCUGCCUCGCCGCAAGACCUGCCCUCGCCUGCUGUGUCCUCUCCCAAUGAACUCGCUCCCCAGACGCAGGAAAGACGGCCAUCAACCCGCUCCAACUCCGAUCUCCAGUAUCAACACCAGCAACGCUUCCAUGUUCCUCCGCCGUUGCAAUCGCUCCCUCCUCCGCCGACCAGUGCUCUCCCACAGUUGCCGUCCCCUGGUCUGAAUCCGCGAGGCAGGAUCGACACAGGGCGUCCCCACGACAAUGAUCGUAUCAAGUCAAGCUACUCUACUCUCUCACACAACUCCUACAGCACAACAACUACUUCAUCUGCUCGCACUGGCUUCUCUAACCAGAGCAUAUUCUCGCAACCCUCUCGCCGUCAAGAUGACCUUUUGUCGGAGAACAGCUUCUACGGUGACGACCAGUCCAUAGCCUCCAAGACGCCCUCACCUAUCACUCCACCCACAUACGUCGACCGGAGGCCGCCCCCAACCCGCCAGCAACCGGACCCUGCGUACGUCAACAACGUCCAGAUGGAGCCGGUCGAGUCACGAACGGGCAGCCGCAUGAGUGAUGGCCCUACCAAGGCUGCCCAGGGACCCUUUGCCCGUGCCUUGGGUAAGAUGGAGUCCGCCGGUGCCCGCAUUGUCUCUGCACGGCUGAGCGAAGAAUGGGAGGGUCUUGACGACGACGACGAAAGCUACCAAGAGGUCGUCUUCGAGAAGCGCCUAUGGGCUCUGACCGCUUACCAGCGCUUGACGCAAAACAAGCAGCUCCAGUCCCCUGCACACGACCUGCUUGCCAACAGCCGACCGGCCGAGCAGAGGCGAGUGCUGCACCUUCACGGAAACCUUGCUGACGGCUGGGUGCUCGCGACGCGCUACCCUGCAGCGACCGUCUACACGCUCUCCUCCGCAAACACAUCGAACCUGCCAACAUCGCACCCCGCACCCUUGAACCACCACUCGCUGUUCUCGCCCUCGAUCUCAGCAGCAAUGCCAUUCCCGGACAAUUACUUCGACGUUGUGGUCUCGCGCUUUGUUUCCACGUCCCUGCGCAACGACGAGUGGGCACGUUCCUUCUUCGACUGCAUGCGCGUCCUCAAGCCGGGAGGCUCCAUUGAGAUUCUCUCCGUGGAUGCUCACAUGAACGGCGAGGGGCCUCUGCUGCAGAACUGGGUCGACGAGCACGUCACCUGCAGACUUGAAGCCCACAACAUCAGCAUGGUGCCCUCGGAGAGCGUUCUCGACACCAUGGAGAUUGUCGGCCUCGAGAACAUUCGCCGCGCCAGAGUCGCACUUCCUGCAUAUCUCGGUUCGCCCAAGGCGGUCGCCCGCGCAGCACCAAGCAGCAACGGCCUCCCUGCUCCAUCGCCACAGGACGUUGUUGAUGCCAGCCGCAUGAUGGCGUAUCUUGGGCGUCACUUUUAUCAAGACCUCUACGGAAAAUUCGUGCGCCUAUCCCAGGGCGAGGAGUGGUUCUGGUCCCGGAAGGAUGUCCGGGAUGAGUGUGAGAAGUACCAGACGAAGAUGGUCCUCACUAUUGCAUGCGCCCAGAAGCCAGGCGCAAUGGCGGGCAACGAGAGCUACCUCAACAUUUGAGCUUGUAAGCUUUCUUCGGUUUGAACGCUUCACCUAAAAUUUCACUACUGUACAUCUCGCUUUUCCGUUCUACAUGAUACCACUUUUAGACAGACUUUCUUAUGUUGAUACGCCACCGUACCUCUGUACAUGAACAAUUCCAUUUCUAUCGUCCUCAACUAUCAAUAUGCAGCUUGAAGAUUGCAGUAGCUUGCAUAAUUACUAUACAUACAU